AUGGUCGUGUCUUCACAGCUGAGCGACGGGAGGGGAUGGAAUGGCCCUGUGGCCCCCUGUCCAGAGCAGUGCACCAGAAAAGCUUGCGUCGACAGCAGUGGACGGCUUCCCAUUGGCCUUCCGCCGCGCUGGCUCUCCUUCUCGCCCUCAAGCUUUGCCUGGCGUGCGUUCUGCAUCUGUGCGCAUCUGUGCCGCCGAGACACGCAGCAAACGUGCAGGAAACCGGUCCGGCUCCUCGACGCCGUCCCUCUCCCUCACACCUCACAACAGCAGCCGCCAACUCAGCUCCAUCUGCCAGGCAUCCGCUUGAGCCAGCAGCGCUACCUCUCGCCCUCCACCACCGCGGUGCCGGAGCCUCCAACUCCAGCCGGCGGCCAGACGGGUGACAGAUGA